AUGGGCCUAGUGCUAACCCAUAAACUAGAUAGACUGAAUCGGAGCCAGCUCUGCCCGGCCCAACGCAUUGACGUGUCUAUGCAGAUCCAUAAGGAUCCCAAAGCCCCACCAGGAAACGAUAAUGAUGAAAUGGAGAGGCAACGCUGGCAACCAGAAGAAGACGCCAUUUUGAGAGCAUACGUGAAGCAAUACGGCCCAAAAGAAUGGAACCUCAUUUCUCAACGCAUGCCAAAGCCUCUCAAUCGAGACCCCAAAUCCUGUCUCAAGCGCUGCAAAAACUACCUCAAACCCGGCAUCAGAAAGGGCUCUUUAACCCCGGAAGAACAGUCGUUAGUCAUUUCUCUACAGGCUAAGUGCGGCAACAAGUGGAAAAAGAUUGCCGGUGAAGUCCCCGGAAGAACCGCCAAGAGACUUGGCAAGUGGUGGGAAGUUUUCAAGGAGAAGCAAUGGGAACAGUUGCAGAAACAGAGACGGGAUUAUUCGGAUGAAGAAGGGAAUAAUGUUGUUCGAGUAACUUCAGCGUCGGUUUCUUCGCCCGAAAAGGUUGCUCAGGGAAGGUACGAUCAUAUUUUAGAGACUUUUGCGGAGAAGUACGUUCAACCGAAGCUGUCAUUGCCGGAUCCUGAACCGAUUCUUUCACUUGGGUCGGGUCCUUCAUCAGCUUCCAGAAAUGUGCUUCCUUUAUGGAUGAAUAGUCAUAGUACUUGUUCAUCUUUAUCAUCUUCAGCUUCUUCCACAACCACAGCUUCUCCUUCUGUGAGUUUAUCUCUUUUUCCGUCUGAACCUCCUACUCUUGACCCGGUUGACAUGACCUGGUUCAUACCUGGUCAACAAAUGGGCACCUUGAUACAGUGGUGUAAGGAGGUUAAAGAAGGUGAACAAAGCCGGCUGCAACACAAGAAGGACGCAAAAUGGAGACUGAGUAGAUUGGAGCAGCAAUUGGAGUCAGAGAAAGCCAGGAAAAGAAGAGAAAAAACGGAGGAAGCCGAGGCAAAGAUUAGAUCUUUAAGAGAAGAAGAAAUGGCGUUUCUUGGAAAGCUGGAGAGUGAAUAUAGAGAACAGUCAACUAGUCUGCAGAGAGAUGCCGAAAGCAAAGAGGCAAAACUAAUGAAAGCUUGGUGUAAUAAACAUGUUAAACUGGUGACACUCAUUGAGCAGUUUGGUGUUCACAGUUGCCAUGGAAAUGGAUUCUGUAUCCCAAAUUAAAUUAAGGAUAUGCUCUAGCUAGCCAAAGCUAAUAACAACGAAAUAUUCUGAUGAUCAA